CCGGCGGGGCCUGGCGCGGCCAUGGCGGAGCUGACGGACGCGGAGCUCCGCAAGGAGCUGCUGGCGCUCGGCUACCGCCCGGGGCCCAUCACCGCCACCACCCGCAAGGUCUACAUCAAGAAGCUGGGCUGCCUGCGGGCCGAAGUGGCGGCGGACCGGCGCAGCGGCCGCGCCGCGCCGCCCAGCCCGGGCCGCUCCUCCGCAAGGCCGCCGCAGGCCUCGCCCUCGCGGCAGCGCUCCGGCUUCACCGGCGGGGCCGCCCGUGAGAGUGAGGAGGAGGAGGACGAGGAGGAGGAAGAGGAGGAGAAAGUGGGGCGGCCGCCCGCGCCCCGCUGGGGGGCGUCGGGAGAGAGCGGCGGGCAGGCCUGGGGGGACCCCCGGGGGUCCCCGCCGGGCCGGGCCGGAGGCAUCAGGGUUGAGGGCGGCCCCUCCCGGGACGGCCUCGGGAGGCUGAGCCCUUCGGAGCAGUGGGGGACGACUGUGGAGAGAGGUGGCGGUGGGCUGGGGGCAUCCCUGGCCGGGCACGGGGGGCUCAGCUCCCCCUCGCAGUGGUACACGUCCAUCGAGAGGAGCGGGGGCCUCGGGGCGGACAGGGCCGGGGCGCUGAGCUCUGCGUCCCAUUGGGAGACAUCCAGAGAUGCCGCAGAGCACGGCCGGGGGCUCAGCCAGGGGCUGGAUGGGUUUCGGGGCUCCUCGCUGCGGUGGGACGCCUCGGAGAGGAGCGGGGGGCUCAGCAGUGGCCUGAGACCCACCCUGGACAGGUUCCGAGGGUCAAACUCCACAUCCCAGUGGAGCCCCUCAGCAGAGAGCAGCGGGGGGCUCGGCAGCCGGGCUGGCUCGGGCUUGGAUGAGGUUGGGGGGCUGAGCUCCACACCCUACUGGGGCUCCUCCAAACCCCUUCCCAGCGAGGAGAAGUCCAGGAGCCAUUGGUGGACAUCGGGAGGGGGAACUGGGGCGCAGAGCUCCCGGGCUGCCUUGGACACGCCGGGGGAGAGGAGGGGGCUCUCCUCCGACAGCUGGUGGAGACGGGAGAGCGAGGUGACCCCCAGCAGCCAGUGGGGCUCCUCGGCGGCCCCCGGGAGGUUCAGCAGCCUGUUCAGGAGAGGGAAGGAGGACCUGGCUUCCAGCGUAGGGAAGGAGGCAGAGCGGGAUGCGGGCAGCAGGGCUGGGGGGCUGAUCCGGCGCUUCCCCUGGCGGGCAGCCAGCGAUGGGGGGCACGGAGUGACCCCGCGCGCCGCCCUGCUGCGCUCAGCGCCGAGGCAGCAGCCGGAGGGAAAGGGGAAAGGCCUGGAGUAUUACCUGUCCCAGUUCCUCUGCCUCGCCAGCUUGGUGCUGCUCCUGAUUUUUCUGGGCAUCCUCGUGGUGAAGAUGGCUGGGUCAGGCUGGUUGGACGGGAGAGAGGAGAGCUUUAAUCUCUUGCCUGUGGAUUGUGACAAAAGAACGGAUGAUUUCUGCCAGGCCAAGCACAAGGAUGUGACCAUGGCUGUGCUGCACGAGCUCUACAAUUACCUGUCCGUGCAGGCAGGUAAUUUUGAAUGUGGAAACCCUGAGAACCUAAAAAGCAAAUGCAUUUGGGUUAGUGAGGUGAAGGAUCACGUGAUGAAUGUAACUGGCUGCUCCUCACAGAAGUUUGAAGCUGCCCUGCACUGGAUACUGAACAGCAACAAGGAUUUGGGAAUUUGGUUGAAAGGCAGGGACCUGUCGGAGCCUGUUUCCAGCGUGGAGGAAGUGUUCUGCCUGGAAUCUGCUCACCCCCAGAUGGGGCUGGGCUGCCGCUUCCGCCGGGCCGUGGUCACGGCCAUCACGAACCUCUUCCUGUUCUUCUGGAGUCUGAUAACCCUUUGGGGCAUCCUGCUCUACCUCCGGUAUCGCUGGCGGAAGAUGGAGGAGGAGGAACAAGCCAUGUAUGAGAUGGUGAAGAAGAUCAUAGCUGUUGUCCAGGACCACUACAAGGAAUGGGAGCGGAAUUUGGAGCGUUACCCCUACGUUGGCAUCUUCCACGUCCGGGACAGCCUGAUCCCUCCUCAGAGCAGAAAAAAGAUGAAGCGGGUGUGGGAGAGAGCCGUGGAUUUCCUGGCCUCCAACGAGUCCCGGAUCCAGACAGAAUCCCACAGGGUGGCAGGGGAGGACAUGCUGGUGUGGAGAUGGACUCAGCCCUCGUACCUGUCGGACUCGGAGCACUGAGGGCAGCAGGAGGAGCAGCCGUGGAGCCGGGUGGGACACGGACCCUGUGCAGGCCUCAGGGCCCUCGCUGCUGCUGGGGGGAGCAGGGCCUGGCCCAGGGUUGGGCUUGCAUGGCUCUGUUUGCUCUCACUGCUGAAACUCUCCCAACACACACACACACACACACGUUCAGGGCAAUGCUGGCUUGGAAAGAAGAUGGGCUUGAGCUGGUGGGAAGCUGGGAUUGCACCAAAGUGAGCCUUCCACAGAGACCUGGCUCCUGUGGCAAGCAAACAACAACCUACAAAGAACAACUGCACGCCCCUCUCGAGGGCUGGGGGGCUCUGCCAGAGCCUGGGGGUGCAAAAUUUGACCUCAGUUCUGCAAAGGCCAACUGGUGGCAGAGUCCAUCAGGGAAUGUACUGAAAGAUAACAUUUCCCAUGGAAACAUUAGGGUGGCAGUUGCAGGCGUGUCUUUGUUUGCGUUUGUUUUUAUCAGUGCAGAGACAGUGAGGAAGCAUUUGCUGCUUCCCAGCAAGGAAAAUGUUUUAUGUUGGCUUCAUCCAUCCAAAACUGGGGAGAGGGGGAAUUGGGUGAAGGUGGGCCUGGAGAGAGGGGGGAGCCUGACGUGCCUUGGUGGUUUGGGCUGGGCUGGGGGUGGUGGAGGAGAGUCUGUGAUCCUGUUACACUUUUAAGUCUGCAGUCUGUGUGCUUUUAUUAUUUUUUGGGGGGCGUGGGGGGGAAUUUGGGUGGAAAAUAAAGGAUAUAGGAAGCUUCUAAAGGUGCUUUCCUGUGGCUGCAGCCCAGGACUGCUCCGUGGCUGUUACAGAGCAGCUUUGGGAGGGCUCUGAGGGCUCAGUGUUGAUGUUUGAGCUGGGCAGCUGCAGUGUCUGUGUUCGUGUCAGAGCAGGGAGGUGCCAGCUCUGGGACUGUCGCUGUUCUUGCAGCCCCCAGGGGCCCCAGGGGCAGCCUGGCUCUGUCCCAGCCCUGCUGCAUCCUAUCUCAUGUCUGUAAUCACUUGGUUACUUCAGCUUCUCUUUCUGUCCAGUGAAGGAAUGUUUCUUUCCCAGGAAGUGGCACCAGUGCGUGGCAGUUGAGGCUCGGCAGAGGAGCUGCUGCUCUGCUCUUCCCAGGGCUCUGCAGCAGCUGCUGGGGCUGCAGGACCCAAAUCCUUUGCUGGCCUCGGGCAGGAGGAGUCACAGGGUGAGGCCAGCAGUGAUUUGAGCCCUGUAGCCCCUGGAUGUUGCUCUCCUUGAGGACAUCCUGGGGCUGGAUGCUCGGAUUGCUCCUGUCCCAGGCUCUGGGCUGGCUCAGGGCACAGCCCUGGGCAGGUGAUGCCACUCCAGGUGUGUUCCUUGUGCCUGCUCACCUGGCAGAGCCUGCACCUCUCCCCACGUGGCUGGAGCAGAGCUCUCCAGGAGCAAAACCAGGAGAUCUUUCCCAUUAAAUGGGGAAUAUCCUGCAUGGAGGUGGCUCUUUACCAAAUUUUUGGGUGUGGGUGUUUGGGCAGGAGACUCAAGAGCUCUUCUAGGCCAGGACCAGCCCCUUGCACUGCAAUAAAGUGGGAAUAAAGGCAAACUUGAUUCUUCCCACAUGUAUCAAGAUCAUCACUGCUGCCAGAGAAAUUCUCUCAAACACCGGUGCCUCUGUUCUUAAACCUUUUUAAACUCUUGGUGGGGUUUGGGUGAGCUUUUUUAACCGUCCAGAAGCUCAGAGUCAGGCAUUGCUGUCAUCCUUUUGUAUUAAACCUGGUUUUGUAGAACAAACUUCAAUGGCUUGGUGCUGUUUCUAUGUUCCAUUUAGCUCUGUAAAAAAAUCAGUAUCAAAAAAUAAAUUUAUUACCAAUAA